AUGGCUUACAGUUUAGGAGAUCGAUUUUCACGAUUACCUAAAAAUUAUACUCUUCUAGACCCAGGUGCAUAUGAAACAUGGAGAAAGAUUCAAAUAAAACCAAACAUAGCGCCAUUCCUAUCAAAAACCCCUCGCGUUUCUCAGUCAGCAAAAAAGAUUUGGACUCAUGCAAUUUACUACGCUGAUACACCUCGCAGAAUUCCAAACUGUUCCUCAAUGAUGUCAAAACUACCGCGAUUUGCAUACGAACCCUUUAGUCAAAAAGAUUUAGAUGAAAUUCUUUGUCAAUGCGGCAUUCAAAAUACAUGUGAAUGUGAAACCGAAAAUGAUAAUAAUAAAAAUAAAGAAUCUGACUUUAAUAAGGCUCAAAAGCAAAGAAAAAUAUUCAUAGGGCCUCCACCACGAUCAAUGAUAGAAUCAGGUUUGUCAUUUCCAUCUAAAAACGACAAAGGAUUUAUUGUUUUAGCCGAUGGCACAAAAAAAAGGAGACUUGAAAAAAUUAAACAAUCAACUCCUUGUUUCCCCGAUGUGAAAUUAAACGAAAUGACUGCUUUUUAUAGGGGAUGCAAGUGGAGUCUCAGGACUUCAAAUAGAACUUUUAAAACUUAUGAUAUUAAACCUGGACCUGCUGACUACACUCUUGAACGAGAACCAACUCUAGCAUAUCAAUGUGCUGAAAAAAUUCGCGCAAGUAGACGUAAAUAUUCAAAACAAUAUCGAUAUAUUGAAGCAAUUCAGCUAAAGAACUUCAAGGAAAACCAUCCUGGUCCAGGAACGUACGAUUCAAGUCUUCCUAAAGGGCCAGAACUACAGUUUUUGGGCUCAAAAGCUGAACGAUUUAUGUCAAAAAAAGUUGAUGAUAUUCCUGGACCAAGUGAUUAUAGAAUUAAGCGUGAUUUCGACAUACCAGAACUACAAAAAAAGCGUUGCCUGGCGACGCUACCCGAACGAGCUCCUUUUGGAGUUAAAAGUAAAAGAUUCAAGUACGCCAGUAACAUUGGCCCCGGUCCUGCUUCCUAUUAUACGGAUCACAGAAUUUGCCAAUUUUCACAUUGUCAGAUGGCGCCAUUCGGUUCUUCUUCAGUGCGAUUUACUAACAUGAAAACAGUAACCGAUAUUACCGAUUACGAUGAAGAUUAUCUAAAUAAACGAUGUGAAGGUCAUAAAGGUAUCACCUCUUAUCCGAAUUGGAUGUUUAUGUCCCGCACUGAAAGACUAAAACCGCUGAAAAAAAAGUCGAAAGAACCCAGUCCGGCGGAUAUUUCUUAUAGCAAUUUAGUAUCUAGAAGAUCUUUACAAUUGCAAAAUACAGCACCUUUUUAUUCUUCAGAAGCACGUUUUCAACCAUGGCAUAAUUGGAUUCCUGUCCAAAACGCAGAUGAAACACCUGGACCUGGAAAAUAUAAAUUAGAGCCAUUUUCAUGUAUACCAGCGGUAAAACAGGGACCAAUUUUUCGGUCUGAACGUUUUAAACUGAAUAUUUCACAAAUACCAGCAAGUAAUGUAUAUAAAGUGGGCGGAGGACUAGAAGAAGUCUUACGUACACAUAAUCAAAGAUUAAAAGACAAUAUAAAGCAAAAACACAAGUUCCACUGGCAUUCCCCCAGUUUAAAGGGAAAAUUGACUAAUAUUGAAAAAGAAUCACUUUUAUUCAAUAGAUGCAUAGCUAUAUUAAAUACAGAUAUUUGGCAAGACAAAAUUUGUUCUAAUGAAAAAAAAAGUUCAAACUCGGAAUUGCAACGUACUAAAAAGAAAAAAAUGUUGAGAUGUUUUCUGUAUAAAAAUAAAAUACCUCAUUAUUUUUAA